AUGCGCUUCAGCAAUGGUGCCAGUCGCACCAUUGCCGCAACAAAAGUAUGGGCGACCCUGAUCACAAACACAAACUACCUCCCGGGCCUCUUCACCCUCGAGUACUCGCUACGAAAAGCCGGCUCCAAGUAUCCGCUCGUCGUCCUCUACACGGACUCAUUUCCAGCUGAAGGACAUGCCGCCGUUAACGCCCGCGGACUGCCGAAGCAGCGCGUCCCGCAUCUCCUGCCGACCCUCCCGAAAGAAUAUGCUAAUGACCCUCGAUUUUAUGAUACGUGGACGAAACUGACCGCGUUCUCGCUGGUGGAGUACGAACGCGUGGUGCUACUGGACAGCGACAUGCUGGUCAGGCAGAACAUGGAUGAAUUGAUGGAUUUGGAGCUGGAUGCGCCGGAGUUGGGGGGGAGGGGGAACCGGGUGUUUGCGGCUAGUCAUGCCUGUGUCUGCAACCCGUUGAAGAAACCUCAUUAUCCGAAGGAUUGGAUUCCGGCCAACUGCGCGUUUACGUCACAUCAUGCCAACCCCGACAAGGCCCAGAUAAUCGGAGCGCCACCAGACUGUGGACUUGGACUCUGCAACUCGGGCCUCCUCGUCAUCAAUCCUUCGAAAGGAGUUUAUGAUAGGAUCAUCGACCAGCUCAACUCUCCUGCAACACUGAACUAUACCUUCCCUGACCAAGAUCUUCUCUCCGAUGUCUUCCGCGGCCGCUGGGUCGGCAUACCGUACAUAUAUAAUGCGCUCAAGACAUUACGGCGCAAGGGGGUCCAUGACACAGUCUGGCGGGACGAUAAGGUCAAAGUUGUUCACUAUAUUCUCAGCCCGAAGCCGUGGGAUGAAAUUGACGGCGCUGUGGAGGCCCAGGGGACGGGGAAACGGCGGUCGGAGAGUCUGGACCCUACCCAUGAGUGGUGGUGGCGGGUCACCGAUGAAAGACGCGAGGAUGAGAAGAAGAGCGGCGUGGCUGAUAUGUUCUAG